CACACGAAAUUUCGACAUUCUUGCUUAAAUUGCAUCAAUGUUUGACAUUGUCAGUGAUACUGGCAAGCAGACAUGCUUUGUUAUAACCUCUGAUUGUUAACGAUUCAUUACAAAUGAAUAAUACUAAUAAUAGCAGUGGGAUCAGGUUUAAAAAAAAAAGUUCACCACUGACAAUAUUCAAAAAUCUGUCAAUCAUACGGUGACAUUGACAGUGAACUGAGUGGUGUGGAUCAAUAGGUAAAAUCACGGUUUUAAAAGACAGAUGACACCUAAAAGUAGGCAUGGUCAUUGAUGAUAUUCUGGAGAAUCUAGGCGGGUGUGGUCGUUUCCAGACUCUGGUGUAUCUGGUCCUCAGUCUCAUCUACAUGCGGGGCGCCUGGCACGUGUUCGCCAUUGUAUACCUUGGAGAUGCUGGGGAACACUUCUGCUUGUCUCCCCUUGAUCACCAGGCGAACCAGUCCGUGGAUGGAAACAGCACAGAGUUGUGGGUGAAGGAACAAUGUGAGGUGGUUCACUACUUGAUGAAUGGCUCUUCUAACAUCACCAUGGCAACACCGUGUUCUUCAUGGUCUUUCAAGUCAAAGUUUGAAACUACAAUUGUGACAGAUUGGGACCUCGUCUGUGACCGGAAUUAUGUGGUGGAGUUGUCCAUGACAAUCUACAUGGUUGGUACUGCCGUGGGUGCCCUCACUCUUACAGCCAUGGCAGACCGCUUCGGUCGCAAACGGAUACUACUUCCCUGUCUGAUAUUACAGACUGUUGUAGGGACUGGAGUCGCUUUUGUUAACAAUGUCGUGCUUUUCACUACCCUGCGCUUCUUUGUUGGCUUUCUCAACAUGGGAAUAUCAUUGACCACUUAUGUUCUAAUAACUGAGCUGUUCCCAGCCUCCCACAGAACUCAGCCUUCAAUCGCCAUCCAGUGCUUCUGGGCUGUAGGAGUUAUGUCCCUUGCACUAUUUGGUUACUGUGUCCGAAACUGGCGCCAUCUCCAGUUGCUUAUAUCACUGCCAAAUAUCCUGGCUGUGGUUGCUCUUUGGUUUGUUCCCGAAUCACUACAUUGGCUUCUGGCAACAAACAGAACAGUGAAAGCUGUCACAGUUUUAAAAAUGGUGGCCCGUGUAAAUAAACUGUCUCGUUUUCACGAGGAUGAGUUGACAGAGGAAAACCUGUCAUCUGUUCAACAGUUACUGCGUGAUCAAGGAAACUGCGUUGAUUACGGCAUGAAACAGUUUACUCUAAACCCAGACCUUAACACCACUGAAGACUUUAAAUUAAUGAAUACAACUGAACAAACAGAUCUCUUUGAAUUGAAUGGUAUUGCUCGACAGAAUGAAGAUUUUAGGUCGGAAAAGACAAACCUGCAGACUGUACCUGUAGAAUUUAAUCACUGUAAUUCUCAUGGAAGUCGGCAGAAGGAAGAAGAUCUAAGAUCAGAAGAAGCAUCAAGACAGAAAGUACCCGAAGAAUUAAGUUGUCACUUGGACGAAACGCACCAACGUGGUGAAGACGUUUCCAUGGAAACGAGAACCAGUUCAGUAUCAUCUCAGGGUGAAGGAGAGACUGUGCAUCAUUUUCUCAGAUCUGAAAAGAGUUCAGAUGAGAAUGAUUGUAUACAAGAAUAUAAUGGCCUUAAUAACGAAGACGAAGAUGGUUGCCACCUGGUUUGCAACAAGUCCAAGUCUGUGUUUAGCCAGUUGAAGAACAAAUCCGAUGAACCGACUGUGUCGUUGGGAUCAGGUGAUGAUGUAUGUGAAGAGAAGAGAACUAAGACAUGCAGAGAUUCGACAUCGGGGACGGGUAUGGAGAAAUCGGCCUGCGGCUUGUUCAGAUCUCCCAGAAUGAGACUCUACACGAUUGUGGUGUUUUAUUUAUUCUUGGUCAACAGUCUGAGCUAUUUUGGAAUUUCCCUGAGUACGCCAAUCUUGCAUGGAAAUCCAUUUUUAAAUCUCUUCUUCAUGGGUCUCGUAGAACUUCCAGCCCAUGUUAUAUGUGUGUUUACUAUACUUUGGAGUGGACGGCGUCGGCUGAUGUGCGUGUUUCUUCUCAUCUGUGCUGUUACAAGCGGUGCUGCUGUGUUUGUUCCAGAAUAUACUGAGUCGGGUGUCAGUCUGCAGUCUCUGAAGAUAGGCCUAGUGAUGCUGGGGAAAUUUGGUAUAACCGGCUCCUACUCUACAGUCUACCUGUUCUCGGCAGAACUCUUUCCCACAGUAGUCAGAAACCAAGCAAUGGGGAUGGCGUCCUUCUUUGAAAAUCUUGGCAGUAUUUCAGCCCCAUUUAUUGUUUAUGCAGCUAAGACUCUACCCAGGCUACCGUUGUUGCUGUUUUCCGGGUUGACUUUCGUCGGUAGUGUUGUGGUCUUGCUGUUGCCGGAGACUCAUCGAAAACCAUUACCAGAAACGUUUGAUGAAGUGGAGAGUUGGCCUUCGAGAAACUCUAAACCUGAUGACAACAGAACUAGUUGACAGAGGGUUUUGUCAAGAAUUGCCAUCAAGUUGAAAGUGGAAGGAAGAUCAUAUCAAAUGAAGAAUCUCAUAUCAGUAUUUAUAUUUUUUAAAGAAAAUUAUUUGAGAGUAUGAUUAACUCUGUAUUGUAUAAUAUUAUAUGAGUGUAUUUUGAUGAUGUAUCGGGCAAUAUUACGAACUUGAAUCUCAUGAUCUCUAUAUUUUAUAACAUCAUUUAAGGAUAUUUCAGAUGAUGUGUUUUUUUUUGCAUUUUUACUAACUAGAAUAUCAUUUUCUUUAUAUUUUAUAGAAUCCUUUGAAUGUAUUAUGGAUGAUGUACUGGGCAUUACUAACUAGAAUAUCAUUUCAGUAGAGGGAGAGUGAGUGGUUAUAAUGAGAGAGAGAGAGAGCGAGAGAGCGGGG